GCAACCAAGAGCAUAUGACUACGAGAGUUCAUAGACCACUUUAUCAUCAGCUCGUUUCAUUUUCCAAACAAUGGAUCCUGAACAAACGACUCCAGUUCCGAUACCCAGAUAUGACUAUUUUUACCUCACGAGGGUCCAUGAUGAUGCUCUUAAAUAGCCUAAUUCAACCAUGCAUGUUCACAGUUAUCACCAAUAAUGUUGGUGUCACCCAUGGCUUAAUUAAGCUUGAAAGCGGAGCCAAUCGUAUCAUGACGACAAGUAGCAAUGAAGGAUCAAGCGAAUACUGCAAGGCACUAUCAAUCGAACGAUUCAAUCGGCUAGUCGGAUUUGAUCUAGUAAAGACAGAAACAGAAAUGAAAGUAGCAGAAGAACUUUUGUUUGAAUUGAAUCCAGAAGUUACUUCCGUCAAGAGUAUUUCAGACGCAGAGAAGUCAUUGGCUUUUACAAUGCCAUCAGCAUUGCACUUGAAUCUUCGAUCAUCGAUUCCUUUCUGCUUUAACUGGGUAGUCAUCGAAUCAAGUUCAGUUUGUCCUGGCCAGAAAGAGAUGUCGUGGUAGCGGCUGCGUAGGUACUUGAUAGUGAACUUGAUGCAGCUGUCAAAUAAAUAUAAUCUGUAGCAAGAUUCAGACUUUUGGAUAAUAUUAAGACCAUUGCUGUCAUAGAUGUAGUCAGUUCUAAAAAUAAAUGAAUCUUGUGUUCGAGUCUUUACUUCUUUUACUUACAAGGUUUUACAAAUAUUAACAACAAGCUUUUUUUCUGCUACAAGAAUGGACUCAUCCAACUCAGCACGAUCAAGAAGAUCUACGCUUGUGUACAUUUCAUUAUUGCUACUCUAUCUUAAUAGUAGUAAUAUUAGCCUCUUUGCUUUAAUAUCUUGUUUGAUUGUCAAAUUAACAUACGGAGUCAAAUAUGGCCAUACACAUCUGAAUUAGAGAAGAGCUUAUUUUCUUGGCUGUGAUUGAUGACAUUUCUUGAAUUAUUCUGGCAUACAACUCGGGAGGCAAAUACUCUCUUUGUCCAACCAGCUUUCGACUAAUACUACGGGUGCUAU